AUGAUCGAGAGGAUGCAGGGUUGCAGAAUGGAUGAGCAAAGAUGCCCCCUCCCUCCCCCCCUCAAAACAGAAGAGGACUACAUCCCUUAUCCCAGCGUUCAUGAGGUUCUUGGUCGCACUAGCCCUUUCCCACUCAUCCUGCUGCCCCAGUUUGGAGGCUACUGGAUCGAGGGGACCAAUCAUGAGCUUAAAGACCCACCGGAGGCUGAUCAACCCCCCUGUCCUACCUCCCACAUCAAACUGGAAACAAAGAGCACCGCCAAGAUCUACAGGAAGCAAUUCAUGGGCAAGGAACACUUUAAUUAUUACACCAUGGAUGCUGCCCUGGGCCACUUGGUCUUUUCCAUGAAGUAUGAUGUCAUUGGGGAUCAGGAGCAUCUGCGCUUGAUGCUUCGCACAAAGCUAAAAACAUACCAUGAUGUGAUUCCCAUUUCCUGUCUUACCGAGUUCCCCAAUGUGGUUCAAAUGGCCAAGCUUGUUUGUGAAGAAGUAAACGUGGAUAGGUUUUACCCUGUCCUCUACCCAAAGGCAUCCAGGCUCAUUGCUACCUUUGAUGAGCAUGUGAUCAGCAACAACUUCAAGUUUGGGGUUAUUUAUCAAAAGUUUGGCCAGACAACCGAGGAGGAGCUGUUUGGGAACAUGGAAGAAAGCCCUUCCUUUGUCGAGUUCUUGGAGUUUCUGGGCCACAAGAUUGAGCUUCACGACUUCAAAGGAUUUCGGGGUGGGUUGGAUGUCACUCAUGGACAGACAGGGACAGAAUCUGUCUACACAAAUUUCCAUAAUAAGGAGAUUAUGUUCCAUGUGUCCACCAAGCUGCCUUACACAGAGGGAGACUCACAGCAGCUGCAGAGGAAGAGGCACAUAGGCAACGACAUUGUAGCCAUCGUGUUCCAGGAGGAGAACACGCCCUUUGUACCAGACAUGAUCCAGUCCAACUUCCUGCAUGGGUAUGUGGUGGUGCAGGUGGAGAACGCGUGCACGGACAAUGUCACCUACAAGGUGUCUGUGACAGCGCGGGAUGAUGUACCUUUCUUUGGGCCGGCUCUGCCUAACCCUGCAAUCUUCAAAAAGGGCCCAGAGUUCCGCGAGUUCCUCUUCACCAAGCUCAUCAAUGCAGAGUACGCCUGCUACAAGGCUGAGAAGUUUGCCAAACUUGAGGAGCGCACACGUUCAGCCCUGUUGGAGACUCUGUACGAGGAGCUGCACAUAAACAGCCAGUCCAUGAUGGGUCUGGGUGGAGACGAAGAUAAGCUGGAGAAUGGGGCCGCUGGUGGGGGGGGAGGCUUCUUUGAAUCCUUUAAGCGGGUCAUCCGCAGCAGAAGCCAGUCUAUGGAUGCCAUGGGCCUCAGUAACAAGAAGUCACACACAGUCUCCACUAGUCACAGUGGCAGCUUUACCCACAAUCCCGCAGAGAGCCCCAAAACCCCAGGGAUUUCAUUGCUUGUUCCAGGGAAAAGUCCCAGUAAAUAUGGACGCCGAGGCAGUGCCAUAGGGAUAGGAACAAUAGAAGAGUCAUUGAUCAUUCCUGGGAAAAGCCCAACCAGGAAAAAGUCUGGGCCCUUCAGUUCCCGUCGCAGCAGUGCCAUUGGCAUCGAGAACAUCCAGGAGGUCCAAGAGAGGAGCCGAGAGGUGUCACCCAGCACCCAGAGGACACCGGAGGGCAGCCUCUUUUUGCAGUCAGACAACUCCUCCAAUCACAGCUCUCCAGAAUUCCCUGCUACUAAGAACAGUUUGGCGAUGUGUUGCAGGGCGCCGUCCAUCCCCGAGGCUCAGGACCUUUCCCGCUCCUCCUCCAACGCCAGCAGCUUUGCCAGCGUAGUGGAGGAGCACGAGAACGAGGCGGAGGACGAGUACGACACUGGACUGGAAAGUGUGUCUUGUGUUACGCCACUCAAGGGAGACUCAUUUGUGUACAGCUCUGCGGUGGAGGACAGUGCCUGCAGUACCAGCCAGGGAAGUUUCCCAGCAGCGUCUCGUCUUCAGCAGCAACCAGAUGGAGCGAAGACAUCAGAGCCAAAGGGGACAGACAGCCGGCCCAAGACGGAGCGCCCCUCGCAGGAGCACUAGUUCUCAUCGCAUUCCCAUAAGAGGCACCGUUUACCAAAAACAAGCCAAGGGCAUGUGAACUCCACCACUGACGCAGAAGAGGAGUAGAGUUAGAAGCCAGAUCUCAGAGACUGGUAGAUCUUCCUUUGUAUGUUUGGCAUGGAUCUGCUGCCUGUCAUGACAGACACCCAGCUCCAUGGACAUGUACCUACCUAUCGCCCUCAUUCCAGCUCCAUGUGGAACCCUCCUUGAACGCUCGAGGCAAAGGAAAAGAGACGUCCACAACCAUGCAGCAUCACUACUGACUGUCAUCCGUCAGCCGGCUCGGCAGGAUAAGUGUGGCUGCUUACUAACUUUCAGGCCAGGACGUUUUGAGACGAAAUUCUUACUGUAAACACUCAAAUGUUGUCCUCUUUAAGAGAUCAGGAUUUGAACAGGGGUUUAAUCUUGGGUCUAAAAGAGUGGUGAAAAAAAUUGAGACCGAUCAAAAAACUGGUGUUUAUUUAGCUUGUGAAACAGUCUAUAGAGAGGAGAGUUUCACUAGAGAGAAAAAUGUUUUUUAAUGUCAACCUCACAUCCCACUGUGAUAUUGUACAUGGGUUAAACUUUGAUGUACUGUGUGUGUGUGUGUGUGUGUGUGUGUGUGUGUGUGUGUGUGUGUGUGUGUGUGUGUGUGUGUGUGUGUGUGGCUGUCUGUCUGUCGGGGCUGCUUUUUGUGUUUUAUUGAUGAUCUAUUAUUCCGAGUAUUCUGCAGUGGAUAUUUGUCGUGUUUUACGACAGCUUUGGUAAAUCUGUCAUGUUUUUAAUGGAGGGUACUCCUGUGCUGCUGUUGUUGGUGGCUGUAAUAGCAUAAUAGCAUCAAUCGCCUUCCUCCUGGUGGGGGGGAAUUUAAAAAAAAAAGCAUUUGCAAUUUUUUAAUUAAAAGUUUUAUUAUACAGUAAGUCUGUAACAAAACAUAUUUUAACGUAACUUUAGAUUCUAUUAAUGCUUUAUAGUUAGAGUAUAAAGCGUAGUUAUGGUAAUGCCCCAACAUGCAUUUCCAGUCCCCACUUCAAGGUACUGCUGUUUAGACCUUUGUCUCCAAAUAUUCUUUGUCACACACCACUUGUUGAUUUGAUGUCUGUGCACAGGUGUGUAUACAAUGGUACUGUGCAUGGUGUAAAUCUGCUUGCCAAAUCCUCUCCUCUGUAUACUUGUGCCAGGUGUUGUCCCUGUGAUUUGUGUUUCAUUGAAAACCAGCCAACAUUUCCAGAUGCAGUGCACAUUGCUGAUAGAGAGCCAAAUGCCAGUUUCUUACUUUAUUUGUAAAGUGUAAUAUAUGUAUGUGACUUAAAGCGCUACAUUUUUAGUUACUUCCGAAAAGCUGACUACUUUGAAAAAAAACCUGAUUUAUUGCUGAAUAUGAAUUACACUGUGACUCUUCUUGAAGUUGCCUUUCUAAUGAUGGUGUCGCGUGAGCUUCUUUGAAGGAGGGUCAUAUUUAAAGGCACUGUGUUGCUGGCGGGCUAGAAUGUAAAACUAGGCAGACAUGUAUUUAUUUAUAGAUAUCUGCCACGAUGAAUAGUGAUACUGUGUUGAAUCCUGACCACAGAAAACUUGAGUCUGAAACCGCUCACCUUUCCUGAACGGAGAAGCGUUUUCCUGUUUUCAGUUUGUUGUGAAGGAAAGAACUGAUGGAGACAUGGAGCUGUUUUAUUUCAGUGAUAUGACUGAAGCAGACAUGAGCUUUAUUGUAUAUGGCAAAUUAAAGACAGCCCUUACAGUUUUUAAAAAAGACAAAAGGUUUAAGACACUGGACCAAAUGCAGAGCUGCCCAUAUAUUAUAUUCAUCAAUCUGUUUAUAGCUACAAAUCACAGCAUUUUGCAUUUGCAUAGAGAAAACUAGAAAGAUACAUUUUGGAUACAAUUACACAUUUGUAUAUUAAAGCCUUUUAGAUUUGAUUUAUGAAAAGAUAACCUUUCAAAUGAUUUUCUUCUGGACUUUGGAAAUGCUUGAGUAGAUGAAGUACGCCCUCCUGUGGCUCUAUAUUAUUAUAGCACAUCACUACGUGGUACCAUUCAUCUAACUGUGCUUGCACUGUAUGCCAACGGCCGGUCCAAACCACAACAAGAUUGGGAGUCUUGGAUCUUCUAUGUGCUCGAUUCAAAUGAUUGUAUUUCUGUUCUUGUCAACAGUCUGCUUAAGCCCUUGUUCAAAAGACAUGUUUGUACAUAUUGCUUUACAUCCUUUUUGUAAAUAAAGCCAACAAAAAUGUUUAAAAAAAGAUGAAGAUGCAUAAUAGAUUAAACACCUGGGGUAAUUCUUCCUGCAUUAAAGUUGAUGGUUACUGAGCUAAUAUUGUGGAAAGAAAGUGGCACGUAUUGCAAAAAGGCUUAGAGAAUUCAGCGUUGAUUUAACAGCUCAGAAGAAGCUUAGAUGAUUUAAAAACUUAGUGAUAAUGUAAGGCUUUGACAUGAAAAUAUCUCUCAAUAAAUCUAAAGUUAAGUCAA